CAGAAACAGAACAAGACAUCGGAAGAAAAGCAACCGAUAAAAUAAUAGCUUGACUACAGAGAGAACCAAAUCUACAAGACACCAUGAAGACUCUGGCUCUGCUCUCCAUCUGUGCUCUUCUGUCGGUGUGCUGGUCCAUGGGAGCAGUUGAACCCGAGGUCGUCGUGGAUCCUGCUGCUGACACAGCCGCUGAUCCCGCAGCGGAUGCUGCCGCUUCAUCAUCCUCUUCCUCAUCCGAGUCUGAUUCAGCUUCAUCCUCUGCCUCCGACUCUGCCUCCGACUCCUCAGCCUCCGAUUCAACAUCAGAUUCCUCCUCCUCCGAGUCCUCUGAGUCUUCUGAGUCCUCCUCCGCCGAAUCCUCAGAGUCUUCCUCCUCUGAAUCAAACUCCUCAGCCUCUGACUCUGCUGCCUCUUCAUCUUCCUCCUCUUCGUCCUCCUCAGAGUCAGCCAGUGCCGAAGAGUCCCAUGUGGUUAUGAAGAGAGACCUGGCUUCUGUUCUUCUCAGGAGAAGAAGAGCUGCCCACGGCAGACUCAGCCCCCUGCAGCUGGAAAGCCUUCAAGAGGUGUGUGAGCUGAAUGUUGCCUGUGAUGACAUGGCUGACACUGAAGGCAUCGUCGCUGCGUACACCGCCUACUAUGGACCCGUCCCUUUCUAACUUAAAUGGUCCUCUUUCAUCUAUUUUUGGGCAUUUUUUUUGUGCCUUCUGAUAGCAAUAACAUUAAAAAUGCUCCUUUAAAUCCAGACAAGAAGCAGGGGGAACAAAAAAGAACAAAAUGGAGAGGACCGAAGUGUCUUCUGAAUUUAUAAGCUGCCUGUCAUUGCAUGCACGGACACCCGCAGCAGUCCUGCAUGUGGUCCUGUUAAGGGUUCCCCUUUAGGCUGGAAAAAGGCACAUGGAAACACAAGCCUGUGAAUUAUGUAGAAGCCCAUCCAAGUGUAAAUGAUUCUUUUGUCCUAUAGAGUUAUUCAAUGAAUGGUGCUACGAUUUGAAAUGUAUUCUGUGUUAAUGUUUUUUUUUCUUUUUUUCUUUUUUGUAUAUGAUGCUUUAACUUUUACUUAAUUAGCAGUUCUAAUGAGUAGUGGAUGUAGGAAUAAGCUGAUUUUGUUUGUGUGCAAUAGGUGUAUAAACACACAUCUGCAGUCUGUAAUAACCACAAACUGCCUCUUGGUUUGAAAAAUAAAUUAUUUUGUUUUCUUUUUCAAA